AUGGCGAUCGAUUGUUAUGCCACACUUCCAUCCGACGCCAAAACCCACACCAUCCCGGGUGUUGCCCAGCCCUGUGGGGAAGGUGAGAAGAGGUUCAGUUUGACAGAUCCACCGGGCCAACAACAGGCGAUACUGGACGGCGUUACAUUCUCGGGUGGGAAUUCAGGGUCCCGCGUCUCGCGGCGGCGGACGAAGGAGCCGGAAGAUCCCGGCCUCUCAUACUCCGUACCUCCGGCGGACGCCACAGCCCUGCAGCACCUUAGCAGCAGCAAGACGAAUCGAAGUUGCGGCAGCCUUGCUCCCUCCUGGGCACCCACAUCAACGGACACGACGCAUCUUCCAGGUCCUCAUGAGCCGCUGGCCAGCUGCAAUCCAACGACGGAGACAUGCUUCAACGCUCGGCAACUGGGCUGCAGCGGGGCACGACAUGGGCAUGGCAACGGGGGUCAGCAGUGGAAGGUCAGCCUCCGUCGCUCUCAGUCGCUCUCAGUGCCAUCCGAGAACCUCUUGGCAGAUACCCUGCGCCGUCGACCUGGUUACGAUCGAUGCCCGCUGCAGGUGCAGGUCCUCAUUUAG